CUUCCGUCAGAAAGUAGCAGUGUCCGUUCUAUUUUAUCAAUGACACUGUCGGUCAUAAGGCCGUCUAACCUUAACGGGAUUCAUCGUCUGAACUUUUUCUUGCGGCACAAAAUCACUUCCAUAGAUAAUCGUUUCAGUGUUCCCUUGUGCGUGUUUCAAUCCCCGCCAACGAUGAAUCCCCCCUUUUGAAAAAGCACCUUUAAACUCGAAGCCACGUGACCUUGCAGACGACCUCUAAUUUGGUGCUCAUAUCGUCCGUUACUAGUCGUGUUUCGUGAUAACACCUAACACACCGUUGACACGCUCGUGGACGUCGCCGUGCGAGGUGUUAAACCGAACCAUUUCCACUAUCUCCGUCAUCGAAUUCCCAUCGACUUGCUACGAAAAAAGUAGUAAAGGAUCUACGAAGCAUCCGAGAUUAUGAUACGAACCACGAGCAGUCUACGUAAUGAAUUGGCACGCGUUAUACUACGAAGUUCCGUGCGGACGAACAUCGUAAGAUCCGUGGUCAUACGAUGUCUUCACAGAAAACAUCUUCAAAGGGUUCAGGUUCACAAUAAUGUACGCCUCACGGUUGCACCAUGGAAGCAACAGUUCAGGUUUUAUGCUGACUACCCCGAUCAUGUCAAAGUACAACUGCCUGCACUGUCUCCUACCAUGGAGACGGGCACCAUCAUUAGUUGGCAAAAGAAAGAGGGCGACAAGCUGAAUGAAGGUGAUUUGCUGGCAGAAAUUGAAACUGAUAAGGCAACAAUGGGUUUUGAGACUCCUGAGGAAGGAUACCUGGCAAAAAUUGUUGUGGCUGCAGGAACAAAAAAUGUUCCAAUUGGCAAACUUGUGUGUAUAAUUGUUUCUGAUGAAGGCAGUGUAGCUGCUUUCAAAGACUUCAAAGAUGACUCUCCAGCUGCUCCACCCCCAGCAGCUGCUGCUGCUGCGCCAGCAGCACCCUCUCCUGCACCAUCCGCCCCACCUUCAGCUCCUGCAGCACCACCGUCACCAAUGGCUGCUAAACUACCUGCAGUCUCUGGAGAGAGGAUAUAUGCUAGUCCAUUGGCCAAGAGGCUUGCUGCUGAGAAAGGCCUCAGUUUACAGGGUCUAAAAGGAUCUGGAUUAUACGGUUCUAUUACAUCCAAAGAUUUAGCGGGCGCUGGGCCAGCAAUUGCUGGCAUCCAACCUGGAAUGGCAAUGGGUGCUCCAGGAGGGAUAGAUGUGCCCGUGUCUAAUAUCCGAGCAGUAAUCGCAAAACGUCUCCUAGAAAGUAAACAGGCUAUCCCACAUUAUUAUUUAUCAGUAGAUGUAAAAAUGGACGCGGCAUUAGCAAUGCGAGAACAAUUUAACAAAAUGAUGGAGAAGGAGAAGGUAAAGGUCAGUGUAAACGACAUCAUCAUCAAAGCGAUUGCGAUGGCUAGCAAAAAGGUACCUGAGGGCAAUAGUGCUUGGAUGGGUGACGUCAUUAGACAAUACAAUAACGUCGAUGUAAGUGUGGCGGUCAGCACAGAAGACGGUUUGAUUACGCCAAUAGUCUUCAGCGCAGAUACGAAGGGUAUAGUGCAAAUUAGUAAGGACGUGAAAGCGUUGGCUGCGAAGGCAAGAGAAGGGAAACUGCAACCACAAGAAUUCCAGGGCGGAACUAUAACGGUGUCUAAUCUGGGAAUGUUCGGUAUUAAGAACUUUUCCGCCAUUAUAAAUCCGCCUCAGUCCAUAAUCCUUGCUGUGGGCACUACUGAAGCGAGAUUAAUACCUGCCAAGAAUGAGCAAGGAUUCACAACUGCCCAAUACAUGUCCGUCACUGCCAGCUGCGACCACCGUACCGUGGAUGGUGCGGUCGGUGCCCAGUGGUUAGCUGCUUUUAAGAGCUUCAUGGAGAACCCCACAAACAUGCUAUUGUAGUAAGUCCGACCGUUAAAGUGUUCAAUGGCGUAGUUUGAGUAAGCGCAAAAUACAUGAAAAAGAAAAAACACAAAAACGUUCUUCUGUUCAGGUACGAAAGGUGACGAUGAAUGUCCUGUAUAUUUGUGUAUAGUACGGUGUUGAAUUACUUUACGCAUUUGCAAAUUAACGAUUUUUGAUAGGAUCCAAGCUUUAUGCGGGCACAGUAUCUUUCCUUUCCGGUCGACGCGUCUUCCAAACUCUGGACCAACGUGUCACGAACAUCGCAACAAAUAUUAUUUCUUUACACGAUGUAGAAAUUUACAUAUGUGGUUUUUCACAGAAUGUAAAAUAAGUGGCUGACGAUCAAAUAGUCAGCGUAGAAGCGGAAACUGUAUAUCUACCGUUUUUAAAUUUUUUGCGAUUCUUUUAAAAAGACGUUUUUCUGAAAAUUUACUAGAAAAACCACAAAAAUCUCCCUCCCCUGCGAUAGUAGUGGCCACCUGUAAAUAUGUGUAUUUAUGAGAUGUAAUUAUGGCCCUCCUAUUUAAGCGCAGAAUUAAUUUCUUAGUUAGGGAAAAAACACUGAGAAAAGAAAAACAAAAUGUGUCAAAAUGUUUAUAGUAAAUAAAUACGAAUACACUAUAAA